AUGGCGAUUGCGCAGAAUUGGUUGCCGCCGUCGCGCGAGAAUUGGGAGUUUGUGUGUUAUAUCUGGCAGUUUUUUCCAAUUAUUACGGCAGUGCAAUGGUUGGUAGAGUGGUAUCCGCAGGGUAAAACGUCGACGGAAUCUCGGUUCAAUAUCCCGGGAAAGAUUGGGUGGGCGACGAUGGAGAGUGUGGGUUUCAUGGCGUUGCUGUAUAUCAUGUACAGUUUACCGCAGGAACUGGGGAUUGAAAAGUUGCCGAUUGGGAAUUGGACCAUGGCGGGAUGUUUUGUUAUACACUACAUCUACCGCGCGGUGCUCUCGCCGCUGUUUUUGAAUCCCAGCAUGUCGCCCAUGCACCCACUGGUAUGGUUCCUGGCAUUUACCUUUCAACUCCUCAACGCCGUGUCCAUAGGCGGCUACCUAGCAGGCUACGGCCCCACGCACCAAAGCGAAUGGGCAAGCCGGGCAGAAUACAUGUUUGUCGGCUUGGUCAUUUGGUGCUGGGGUCUCCUAGGCAACAUCUUUCACGACGACGAUCUGCGCGAGAUUCGACGCAGUGCCGACCGCAAGCAGCGGAAACUGGCAAAGGAAGAGGGCAGGGCGGUGGAGAGCGUGGAUAAAGUGUACAUGGUGCCUAAGAAUGGGCUGUUCAAGUACGUGCUACAUGCGCAUUAUCUAUGCGAGUGGAUCGAGUGGGGAGGAUGGUGGAUGAUGGGCGGACUGAGGUGUGUGCCUGCGCGAACGUUUUUGGUGAAUGAGAUUUCGACCAUGUUGCCUAGGGCGUUGCAGGGGAAGAGGUGGUAUGAGAAGAAGUUUGGCAAGGACAAGUUGGGUGGGCGCAAGGCCGUGAUCCCUGGCUUGAUCUAG